CUUUCCCUUCGGACCAAACCGAAGAAAGCCCUAGUUUUUAUUUGUCUGAACCCAAAACACGUUCCUUUAGCCUCAUCUCCUCCUGCAAAUUUGUUCCUCUACUGAGCCAAGUGUGAAAGAUGUCGUCGACUCAUCAACUAACUUCUUCGAUGAUCUCUUCUUCCUCCUCCACUUUCUUAGCUCCUUCACUUCUCAAUCUCAGAGCUCGAAAUGCUUGCUUACCAAUGGCGAAACGGGUCAAUACCUGCAAAUGCGUUGCUACCCCACAAGAGAAGAUUGAGUAUAAGACAAAUGUGUCACGGAAUCAAAACAUGUCAAAACUUCAGGCUGGAUACUUAUUCCCGGAGAUUGCAAGAAGAAGGUCCGCACACUUGCUGAAAUACCCAGAUGCACAAAUUAUAAGUCUUGGAAUAGGCGACACAACUGAGCCAAUUCCAGAAGUCAUCACUUCUGCUAUGGCAAAGAAAGCUCAUGAGUUGUCCACAAUAGAGGGAUACAGCGGUUAUGGUGCUGAACAAGGUGCAAAGCCACUGAGAUCUGCUCUUGCGAAAACAUACUACAGUGGCCUUGGCAUAGGGGAAGAAGACAUUUUCGUUUCUGAUGGUGCCAAAUGUGACAUCUCACGUCUUCAGGUUAUGUUUGGUUCCAAUGUUACAGUUGCUGUUCAGGAUCCUUCAUAUCCGGCUUAUGUCGACUCCAGUGUUAUUAUGGGUCAGACCGGACAAUAUAACACGGAUGUGCAGAAGUAUGGAAACAUAGAGUACAUGAGAUGCACUCCAGAGAACGGCUUCUUCCCGGACUUAUCCACUGUUGGCAGGACGGACAUAAUCUUCUUCUGUUCCCCAAAUAACCCUACCGGUGCUGCCGCCACGAGGGAGCAACUGACUCAGUUAGUACAGUUUGCAAAGAAGAACGGAUCAAUCAUCGUGUAUGAUUCAGCUUAUGCAAUGUACAUGUCUGAUGAUAACCCACGCUCCAUUUUCGAAAUCCCUGGAGCAGAGGAGGUGGCUAUGGAGACAGCUUCCUUCAGUAAGUAUGCUGGUUUCACUGGAGUUAGACUUGGUUGGACCGUCAUACCGAAACAGCUUCUCUAUUCAGACGGCUUCCCUGUUGCGAAAGACUUCAACCGAAUCGUCUGCACUUGUUUCAAUGGUGCAUCUAACAUCUCUCAAGCUGGUGCUCUUGCUUGCCUCACACCAGAAGGACUUGAGGCAAUGCAGAAGGUGGUUGGGUUCUACAAAGAAAACACAAACAUAAUCAUCGACACGUUCACUUCUCUUGGCUAUGAUGUGUAUGGAGGGAAGAACGCGCCUUACGUUUGGGUCCACUUCCCAAACCAAAGCUCAUGGGAUGUGUUUGCUGAGAUUCUGGAGAAGACUCAUGUGGUUACAACUCCAGGGAGUGGGUUUGGGCCAGGAGGUGAAGGGUUCGUUCGUGUUAGCGCCUUUGGUCACAGAGAGAACAUCUUGGAGGCAUGUCGAAGAUUCAAGCAGCUUUACAAAUGAAAAUUCUUGUAAUCAACAUUCAUCAUCAUUAUCCUCCUUAAUGACUUGACUUGGAUUGAAAUAAUGUCGUCUCCUCUGUUUUCUUGAAUUGUUGUUGCAGCUAAGAAACUAAAUGUUACACAAUCAUUGCAAGAACGUUAAUGUGUCGAGUUUUGAGAA